AUGGCAAAGAAUGCACUUGCCCCAGCCUUUUGGAGUCAAGUGACAGGAGAAAACUACGGCUCGUUCGUGACGCUGUGGAGAAGCCAACACAAAAAGAACGCUCAUGAUGCCGUCACAGACGCAAAGUCCAAAAAGAGGACUCCGAAUCUGGUCUUAUAUGGCGAUUCCAUUACCAAAUGGUUUACAGGCAGCGCUCUGGGAGUGGGCGAGUUCGUCUUUGUCAAGGAACGAACAGCCUAUGAGAGUCUCCUUCGUGAUCCAAACGCCGAUCUGUUCGGCCUCGGUCUGGGUAUUGACAGCGAUAUCUGUACAAAUCUGCUCUAUCGAAUCCAAGAUGGCGAGGUCCCACCAGAGUUAAAUCGGUCCGUCAUUUGGAUCUUGAUCGGGUCAAAUGAACGUUGUGCUGGCGCCUCGAUGUAG